UCCUGGGCUCCUGGGCCGAGGACCAUCCAGAGAAGAACCAGCAGCUCCGCAGCUCCUGGAAGUGGAAUCAGCUGCAGGGCGAGAGGCAACACUCGGAGUGGCCGGACGUCCCCCCGAGGCUCGGGGCUCCGGGGGCUGGGCAUGACCUUGUUCUCCCCGGGGGACGAAGCCUCAAAGAUGCCAGUGAAGAUGGGGUCGUCCUAGAGGGUGCAUCUUGUCCUGUGGUCCAUGUGCUGAGCCUCUUGCUGCUCUUGCCCACAGCCAUGGUUGCUGCUCCUUCUUGGAUCCUGGGAGAGCAUCUAUUCUGAACUGUUUGCGGACGAGAGGGAGGAUACAUGUGCUUGAGCUCAUGUAGGAGGUACUUCAUCAACAUCAUCUCAAACCUCCUGGUAAAGACUGUUCUCCCCACUGUGCCCAGCAAGCUCCAGACUGCAGAGAACCCUGACCAACACACAGUGAUCGUCUGUGAAAACAGGACCCCCAGCCCGCACCUUCUGCCUCCUCUUCCGGCAAGCUGCCUGGGCCCCCACGCCAUGAACAGCACCCGGAGGGAUGCCCAGGCCCCAAGCUACCGCGAGUGCCUCCUGCCUUCCGUGGCCCGGACCCCCUCUGUCACCCAGGUCACGCCAGCCAAGAAGAUAACUUUCCUCAAGCAAGGGGAUCCCCGCUUUUCCGGGGUUCGCCUGGCUGUCCACCAGCGCACCUUCAAGAGCUUCGGCACGCUGAUGGAUGAGCUCUCCCAGCGCGUGCCGCUCUCCUUCGGGGUGCGCUCCGUCACCACGCCCCGGGGCCUGCACGGCCUCAGUGCCCUGGAGCAGCUGGAAGAUGGUGGUUGCUACCUCUGCUCCGAUAGGAAGCUCCCCAAGACCUCCAGUGGGCCCGGCCGGCCGCAGGGGAGGAGCCCCUCGGCUCAGCAGUCUCAGGAUGUUGAAGACCAGUGUGAGGCACCAGAAACAUCCUCUUGCCAGAAAAAUCCUAAAGCCCCAAGGAGGGUAAAGUUGGUUAAGAAUGGGGACCCUCGAUUCCAGCGGACAGUGGUUCUCAGUCGCAGAGAUACGAGGAGCCUGUCGGCCUUUCUCAGCAAAGCCUCAGGCCUUCUGCACUUUCCCGUGAAGCAGCUGUACACGCCCGAUGGGGUAAAGGUGAAUUCUCUGAAGGCUCUACUGCACUGCCCCUCGGUGCUGGUGUGUGCCGGUCCUGAGGCCUUCGGUCCGGCAAGGGAAGGUGCCGGGAGUGGGACUGAAACUCGGUCGGGACAAACUUCGAGGAACAGAAACGGGAGCUGGGGCCCGAAGGCCAAGCAGAGUGUGAUCCACUCGCGGUCCGGGUCGGGCAGCAGGCCACGGCGGUUUUCCCUGCUGUCCGAGAGGUCCGGUCUCAGCGAGCCCCUGGUGUCCCCGCAUCGCACCUGCAUGGGCCCUGCUCCCGACAGGCACCCUCAGGACACACCUGCCCAGCCGGGCCCCUUGGUGGCCGGUGAUGGCGUCGAGAAGAAGGUCCACUUGAACGAGGAUGGCAGCCUGUCUGUGGAGAUGAAAGUUCGCCUCCACCUGCUAGGCAAUGACACGCUCCUGUGGUCCAGGAGAGUCGGAAGGGCCAGUGGGGAGGGGGAGGGGGACCCCCUCUGCUAUGUGUGGGAGGGCCACCCUGGGGGCUCCUCAGAGCCAGGGGCACAGGGACUGGGGACCCAAAAGGCAGGAUGCAAGGAAGGCUUUGAACGAGGCCGGUGGCAGCCAGGGUCCAGAUAUGAGAUCUGGACGAACCCCCUGUACACCGCCCAGGGAGAGGGGACAGCCUCUUGGAGGAGGGCCAGGCUGACCCAGCACUCCCCCACCAGGAGUCCCUGGAGCCAAAGGGUGGCCGGCAGGAGAAGAAGCAGCAAGGACAGCGUCAGCCCUGUCUCCAGUGACAGAUCACCCAAAGGUUCUGAGCCAAACUCCUGCUGCUGCUCCAGGACCCCAGACGACAGCGUGGGCCUGCAUCCAGCCUCUGGCGAUGCCUCCCAGAGCGGAUCAGGGCGGGAAGCUGGCGGCACAUCCUGGGCUGCGGAAGGCCCAGGUCCAGAGGGAGCAGGGCCAGGCAGCAGGGACCACUGCUCCCUGGAACCCAGGGCCCAAGGCAUGGCCAGUGCUCUUUCUGACUCCUCAGCGAGUGCCGGGUCUCAUGAGUUCAGCGAAAGGGGUGAGCAGCACCAGGGUUGCCCCAGCAGGACGAGGGCCGAGACCUCCCCAUGGAAGACCUCCCAUGGAGGAGGACCCUGUUCCUUCACCAUCAAUCCCUCACCUUUGAGGAACGAGGACCCACAGGCAGAAGGGAGUGAACAGGGCACUGGACACCCCCAGGCCAGGGAUGGGUCUGGGAUGAGACUGCCCCUGUCUUUGGGCCGUUUUGCCUCUGGGGGCACUGCAGAAGGCUCUUCCCCAUCCCCGACCUGCGCCUCAGCUACAGGCAGGAGAGAGCAGGAGGGCAGAGCUACAGCUGCGUCCUCACCCAGCACUUCUGGCCUUGGCCCAGGGGCCCAUCGGGGCGGCCCCAGGCAGCAUCACAGCCGCAGGGACACCCACUGCCCCCGCGACUCACCUGUGUCCAGGCGGAUGCUGGGGCCCCCCACCACAGGCAGGGUCUGCCCGGCCGACCCAGCACCACACUUCUCUAGAAGCUCAUCUGGCGUCAGAAACAGAGCCUCUCGGGGCCCAGAGCCACCCUCCUCUGCCUCUCUUCAUUCCCAGGACACACGAUGGGUCAGCAGUGCCCCCCUUACACCGGGGAGCAAUUCAGGCUGUGCUUCCAAUGUCUACCCCCCGUGGUCUCCGUCCGCUGAGACCGAAGGGAAUCCUUCCAGCGCAUCAGACUCUUUCAGCCCCCCAGCUUUCGGCCUGGGUGAAAAGGGAGGGGGCGAAGGUCCCAAGCCCUCCCAGCUCUUGGCUGGACAGCAUGCAGAGGGGAAGCCAGGAGCCCACCCCGGGGGCUGCUCCUCACAGAUGGGCACAUCCCGGGUCUGCAGGACCCCUGGUGGUGAGACGCGGGCCCUGCAGGCCUCCCAGCCUCAGGGCUGCCAGGGGCCCCUCUCUGGGGCCUGCGUGGGGUGCAGCAGGUACUGUCCCGCUCCACCCAGGGCACGGCCCUCUACCAAGAAACACCCUUCGCCCAGCAGCUGUGGAGACCACAGUGCCGACUGGGUGCCAGGGGGCACCGAGCCAGGGGAGGAACCCCUAGACGCGCAGCGCCCACGGCCCCCUGGCGCUCAGUCAGGGGGCACAGGGACAGCAGUCAGAGCAGCGGGAAGGGGCAGCCCCAGCCUAGGUCCCCAGCCUGGCGGGAUGAUCCAGGGGCAGGUCACUGGAGGAGGGGAAAGCCUGCAGGAGCAAGAGGACAAUGGUCGUGUGAUGACGCCAGGGGCUCUGCCCCGAACCUCACCAGAAGCCGUGGUCCGAGAGUGGCUGAGCAACAUCCCGGAGGAGCCCGAGCCCAUGAAACGUGAGGUGGAGGAUGACAGCACGGAUGUGUCUGGGGACGGCCUGGAAGGCCCCACGGAGGACCCUGUGGACAAACAUCCCCUGGAAGGUCUGCAGGAGCCAACUCAGGCCAGUCCACCGUCCCUGGAAGGGGCUGCCAGUGAAAAAGCAGAACCAGAGGGGGCCCCCCCAGUGACUGGUGAUGCGGGUCCCCAGGCAGGAGAGGGUCCUCCCCACAGCGGGGCUGUGGAAGCCCCCAAGGAGGCUGGGGCAGGCGAAGGAGCAGCUGGGGACUGUGGCGUGGGCCAGUGCGUGCUUCCCCACCGGGUCUCUGCCUCCAUACAGAUCAUGAAAGCGCUGGUGGGCUCCAAGCAGGGCCGGCCCAGCAGCCUGCCCGAAGUGUCCGGCCCGGUGGGCAGGAGGCUCAGCCACUCUGCCCAGGCCCUCAUCUCCUGUCUCGCCAGGCUCCACUUCUUUGAUGCAGACCUUGGGUCUCCCGCCGGCAAAGUGAGGUUCACAGACUCUCCUCGGUACCAGGAGCUCCUGAGCAACCUGCAGGCCCUGUGGCCGGGGCGUGGCCUCGGGCGGGGCGAGCUGGACUCAGGCGUCCGGGAGGUCGGCAGGUGCCAGGCCCUGCCAGGUCUCAGGUCCCACGCUGUGACUGAGGACCUCACACCAACGUCCUCCUCUGGUGUGGAUGUCAGGAGCGGUUCUGUAGGUUCCGGGGAGGGCAGCGGACCCUGUGCCGUGGACUGUGCCCUGGUCUCUGAGAGGACAGAGCUGCCCUUGGAAAUCCCCUGCCAGAGGCCUGACUCCAGAACCUCAGGGACCCCGGAGGAACUGGGAAACCAGCAGCCAAGUGACUCCAGGGCCUCUUCGAGUUCUCGCGCCGGGGCCGGGGCCGCCAGGAAGGACGAGGCAGAAGGAAGCAGUGGGGAGCCGACGCUGGGCAGCAACCUGGACCAAGCAGUUCAAAACACGACGCAGGAAGAGGCAGUGCAGUCAGAGAAGAUGAAAGAAGGGAAAGAGGCAACAGAACUGCAGGGAGAAGGUGUCAGUGGCUUUCCAGAAGAGGAAAGCGCCGCGGGACAAGAGCCAGGGACCGGCUCUCCGCCCGGGGAGGGUGCGCGGGAAGAUGAGCGUGUCCAGGAAGAGGCAGCAGGAAGACACCCUGCCUCCAACGCGCUGUGCCCUCCAGCGAGGAGAGGAAAAAGGACAGAGACCCUUGGGAGCCUCACUGAGAGAGACUCAAAUGCCAGUGGGCGUCAACGUGGCCCCAGCGCGGAGCCUGGUUUGGAGAAGCUGCCCAGCGCAGCUGAGACAGACCAGAAGCAAACCCAGGCCAAGCUCACCCAGGGGACUGGAGAGAAGGGCCCUUCUACGGCUCACAGCGGGCUUCUGGACCCUGACCCCCUCUGGGUGUCCAGGCUGCUGAGGAAGAUGGAGCAGGCCUUCCUGGCCGACCUGGCCAGUGCCAUGGCUGAGCUCCGAGCCCGCUGGAGCCUGCUGAGCAGCGACCUGCUGGACCGGAUGGUGGCUGAGUUGCAGCAGGACGUGAGCAGGCGGCUCCAAGGCAGCACGGAUAAAGAGCUCCGAAAGAUCCAGAGCCGGGCUGGGAGGAGGGCGCCGGGGCCCCCCGGGGCAGCCCUCAGGUGGGAGACGACCCUGCAAACAGAGCAGCGCAGGCAUCGCCUCCGGGGCCUGCGCCACCUCGCGGCCUUCUCCGAGCAGACCCGGGCCUGGGGCCCCCCCUUCCUCUCUCUGGAGGACGUGCCAAACCUCAGUGGAGCCCCGGGGACCCAGCUGGGUGGGGAGGCCAACGGGGGGGCGUUCUGUCCCUGCGAGACCUGCCUAAGGGAGAAAGUGAUCCCUGUGUCCCCGAAGGACACAGUGGGCAGAGCCAGUGCACCCAUCAAAGAGGCCUUUGACCUGCAGCAAAUUCUGCAGAAGAAAAAAAGGGGAUGUGCUAAUGGGGAGACAGCAGGGAUGGCCCCUGAGAAGACAGGGCAGGAGCCCCUUCAGAGAGACCCCUCGCGGACAGGGACUGUCCAGGGAGCUGAUGGAGGCCUGGAGCUGCAGUUAGCCCGGGGCCCUGGGGCAGAGGAGGGGGAUGAGGAUGAGGACGAGGGCAGGCAGACCCCAGGCAGAGGAGAAGAUCCGGGAGGAGGAGAGGGGGACGCAGCCACUCAGAAGAAAGGGGGGAACGCACGGCCUUGUGUCGGCCACCACCCGGAGACAGUGCAGCGGGAGGAGCAGGGUGGAGGCGACAAGGAAGAGACAGAGGGCUCCGGGGCUGAGGUCAGUGUGGAGAGUAAAGCCUUGGGAAGAGCUGAACAAAGUCUAGGAGGACAGAAUGACACCACAGAGGUCCAGGAAACUGCAGAAGAGGAGCAGCCAGAGUCAGGAAGAGGAAAUCAAGGUGAGAAAGAAGGGCGUCCACAGGCUGGCCCGAGACAAGGCCAGUCGGGUGAGGCUUCUGGACACAGCAGCCCAGACCAGGGCGGGGGGCCCACACCUCCCCCCGCCCCAGGUGGAGACACCCCCGGCCAAAGGUCAGGCCCAAAGCCCGGCCUCUCCUCGUCCAGAGCCUCGUCCCUGGGAAACUGCUCUCAGCUCUCCCAGAAAGGCUCCAAAGACGAGCCUUCCAGUGGAGGCCUUUGGACCUUCGGAGACGAGCCCAAGGGAGUCCCUGGUUCAGGGAGAAAAGUCACGGACAUGUACCCAGCAAGCUCCAUUUCUGAGCAAGGAACAGAGGAAGGUCUGACCGGAGAGCCCAGCGCAGGCCAAGGCUCUGACUCAGACGCUGAGAAGGGAGUGAAAAGUCUCUCUAGGCCAGAAGUGAGGUUUGGAAAACUUGCCCUGAGCAGGACAGAUGGCUUUGGCCAAGAUGAUUUAGAUUUCUAGAGACCCAGCUGCGAGGUGGCCAUGAGUCUGCAGCUCCGGUUUUAUUCGUAUUUUGUCUACAAGCCUGAGGGGGCGCGGCCCCCUGGAGAUGUUCCAAGAGUGUGGGGGGAAGAUCCAGGACGUGCCAAGGACACAGCGGCACCUCGCUGCCCUGGGUUCUCAGUGCUGGAGCUUCAGCGGGCCCUCCGGCCUGUCCCCGCACCGUGUGAGGGGCGACCUCACAGCCGACCUGUUGUCCCAGGUCAGCCGCCCCUCCCCCGCCCGCUGCGCCAGGAGGGCGGGACUGACGGAAAUGUUCCAGGAGGGUUUUUGUUUGUGUGUUUGUUUUUUGCUAGCAAGUGUUUCUCUCAUUCUUUUGCCUAUUGAUCUCCUGUUAUUUUUCUCCUUGGCCUCUCUUGGCACUCACCUCGUUCGACUUCGAGGUGCUUUUCUCUGAUCCUGAAUAUAUCUGGUGACUCUGCAGAUGUGCAAAAAUUCAGGGAGAAGCAGAUACAUUCAGGGUCUCUGGACAAGGUUUGUUCUCAGCCCCAAAAGUCCAAGUGUAUUUCCUGGAUUAAUUUAUUUUUAAUUUUUUAAAAAAUCGAUUUGAGAGAGAGAAAGACAG